UAGGUGCUUAAUAAAUGCUUGUCUCCUUCCUUCCUAAGUUCUCUUCCACAUUUGACAUUCUAUAUUUGAAAGUCUCCAACAGUGCUAACAUUAUGGCUUUGCUGUGCCUCUAGCUACAGGAAAUUCUCCGACUUUCUUCUACAGGAAAGUUUGUCUCUAGUACAAACCAUAGUUGGAAGAAGGGGGUCAGGUUCUGAAGAUGAAAUUAUAAUGCAUAAUACCUGGAGAGCAGGCUGGGGCUGGGGUGGGGGUGGAGUUGAAGGGGUGAGCCAGGAGGGCAGAUAGGGUUGCCAGAAACCUCAGAGCAUCCUGUGAAAUCUCACACCCACUAUUCUCCCUGGACCUUUUCCUCCCUCCUGGCUCUGCCUGGAUUUAAUCUGCAUAAUUUACUCAAUUUAGAGGGGUGGUGGCAGCUGACGAUCAUGGGUCCGGAGAAAAAGAGGGGAGUGGUAAGAAUAGGAAAAGGUGUGAAGGGGUGUCUAAAACUGGGGAUCAGAAUGUUAAGAAGAGGGGAUGGCUGGGGGAGAUAAGGAGUCUUGGAGAGGAGUCUGGACGAAAGUUGAAGAUAAAACUUUUGCCCAGCACAGUAGGGGUUACCCAGUGGCAGGGAGGGGAAAAGGGAGGGGGGUUUUUUCUAACUUAAAGAUCUUAAGGCUGACUUGUGAGGGGCUGAUUUGGAGGUGGGAGGAGGGAGCAGCUGUCCAAGGAGGAGACAGAGACAAGAGUCAGUGAGGAAAUUCUGGCCACAUCUGUCUGAGCCUUGGCUAGACAGGAGGCAAGGAAAAGAGACUGGAGACGAGCCUGUUCUCUGGCCAAGUUUGCUCCGAUCCAGGGCCGCUCUGGAGACUUGGAACUUGGCAUCUCAGCCCCUUGCACCAGGAGGGACAGAUGCUGAGGUUCCCCAGCCACUGAAGAGCAGUUGAGUCUAUUCUCUCCAACUGAGCCUCUGAUACCUCAGCCCAAGCUGAAGGACCCAGAGUGCUGAGUGGGUGACUCACCCACAGGCUGGAAGUGCCUUCCUGUCUCCUUCCCUUCAGCUCCUCCUGCCCCGUGGGGUCUCAGCAUGGAAGAAGGCUCUGAUUUUGACACCUACUAUGCAGGAGAGAACCAGACGCUGGAGUGUGAGUACACGGACUGGAAGUCCUCGGGAUCGCUCAUCCCUGCCAUCUAUAUCCUGGUCUUCCUCUUGGGCACCACCGGCAAUGGCUUGGUGCUGUGGACCAUCUUUCGGGGCAGCCGGGAGAAGCGCCGCUCGGCAGACACCUUCAUUGCCAGCCUGGCGGUGGCUGACCUGACUUUUGUGGUCACGCUGCCUCUGUGGGCCACCUACGCCUACUUAGACUACAGCUGGCCCUUUGGUGCCUUCGCCUGCAAAGUCAGCAGCUACUUGAUCUUUGUUAACAUGUAUGCCAGUGUUUUCUGCCUCACCGGCCUCAGCUUUGACCGCUACCUGGCUAUUGUCCGGCCUGUGGCCAAUGCCAGGCUGAGGCUGAGGGUCAGCGGUGUGGUGGCCACUGUGGGCCUGUGGAUCUUGGCCGCCCUUCUCGCCAUGCCCGCCAUGGUCUUCCGCUCCGUUGGAGAGCUGGAGAACAACACCAAGCUGGUGUGUUACAUGGACUACUCCCUUGUGGCUGCGUCAGGGUCUGAGCUGGCCUGGGAGGUGGGGCUGGGUGUCUCUUCGACCGCUAUGGGCUUUGUGAUCCCCUUCACCGUCAUGCUAACCUGUUACUUCUUCAUUGCCCGCACCAUCGCGGGCCACUUCCGGAAGGAGCGCAUCGAGGGCCUGCGCAAACGCAGGCGUCUGCUCAGCAUCAUUGUGGUGCUCGUGGUUACCUUUGCUCUCUGCUGGCUGCCCUAUCACCUUGUGAAGACCCUCUACAUGCUGGGCAGCCUUUUGCACUGGUCCUGUGACUUUGACCUCUUCCUCAUGAACGUCUAUCCCUACUGCACCUGCAUUAGCUAUGUCAACAGCUGCCUCAACCCCUUCCUCUACGCCUUCUUCGACCCCCGCUUUCGAGAGGCUUGCACUGCCAUGAUGUGCUGUGGCCAGAGUGGGUGCUGGGGGGCUGCCCCAGCUGGGGGGGAGAAGUCGGCUAGCUACUCCUCAGGGCCUAGCCAGGGCCCUAGCCAGAACACGGGAAAGGGUGGGGAGCAGCCCCAGGAGAAAUCCAUCCCUUACAGUCAGGAGACCCUUGUGUCUGACCAAAUCCUAGGAUAAAAAGGAUGAGCUAUUCCCCACCCCUGAACCCAGCUCGCUGAACACUGGGAAGAGUGACUGACUCCCCCUUCCUGCUGACUUUCCUCUUGGCAAUCCCCCUUCCCCCAGUUCUUUUUCUUCUAUUUCCCCUACAUUUCUCUCUGUUUUCCUUUCCUUUUUCUUCCUGGCCUCUGUCUUCCUCUUUUUCUCCCUUUCCUUACUCUUAUCCCUAGGUGUUACCGCAGGUAAUAAGAGGCAGAGCAGAGAUUCGAACUUAGGUCUUGUGACUCCCAAACUAGGGCUUCUUGCUUUUCUCCUCCUUUCUGCCCACCUCAGUUUCUACUCUCUGCUUUCUUAUCCUUUCAUAUUUUCCUUCCAAAGUCUUUCAAAGGAACUGGGAAUGGAGGAGCACAAGGGAAUUGUAAAGAUUCUCCUCCCCCACUCCCGGAGGCCACAAAGGCUUUGUCCUGUUGCUCCUUUAGGGAGGGUUUGGAGGGAAAAGGGGGAGGGCCUGAGGAGAGAGCAAACCUGCCUGGCAGAGGAGGGGAGACAGAGUAGGAUCUGAUGACUCCUGGACCUUGGAUGGUGAUCUCAAUGGCUAACUGGCCCAGCUCACUUGGGUGGCUGGCAGGGCCUCCUACACUGUAGCCCACCACUACUCCAGGCUGUCCUUGGAAAUGUAUUUCUCCUUUGAUAUUGGUCUGUCCCUCUGAAUACUGGGGAAAGAAGGGGAAAGGAGGGGGAUGCCUGGGACUGGGGAAACAGGACUGAUGUUGGUAGUAAAAUUUAUAAAAUCCCAUUUAAGUUAUAGGCAGGGGGCAAUAGGGAACAGAAGAAUGACUGGGCAAUAGGGAACAGAAGAAUGCAGGAUGUAAGAUGAUGGGAGGCAAGGGAAUUUGGGGUUCCAGUCUGAGAGCUACUUUUCUUUCUGUCUCUAAAUUCUUCCCUCUACAGACCUCCCUCCCUGACUGUGUUUCCCUGGACAUUUUGUAGAUCCUAUAAGUGUGUGUGUGUGUGUGUGUGUGUGUGUGACUUAAUCAUUGUCACCCCUGAAUGCCUCCCCCCGCCCCAUGCUCGCUGACUCCCUUGAAGCUAAGAAAGUGACAUGUUAUGGGAGAUCUCACUCACCCCUCUCUGGCACUGGGGGCUCUGGCGGCUGGUCCGUCAUUUCAGAGAGAAUAGGGUUAAAUGAGAGUUCCCUUUAGGCUUCUAGGAUCCUUCCAGUCAUUGACUCCAGAAACUGUCCUGGCUGCAGGAGGUGUCUGCAGACCUGUAGCUGCGGAGGGUGUCUGCAGACCUGUCCCUGCAUGGGGCUGGUGCAAUUUUCCUUUAGACUGGUGUUCCCUUUCCCUUGACCAAAGUAGGGACAUGCACUCCAGGCAGGGACAAGGCUUCCCCAGGCUCAUCCCGUUCUUUCCCUAGAGUGGGAGGGAGCCUCCCUCUUGCCUCUUGCUCCCGGGGGGAGCAGCUGAUUUUAGAGGCCAUUCCUGGAAGUGUGAGACACUGAGUCAAGUUUCAGCUCAUGGGAGGAUGCUGGAAUGGUCUUCCUGGCUUCUCCUGUCUCUGGGAUGUUUAUGGAGUGGGGUGUGAACCUAUGACAGGACAGGAUGGUACUGUUCAUGUCCAUCAUGAGCCCUAGAGAAAGCAAUACUUCUUUACGCCUUUUGGGGGUGGGGAACAAUUGGGGGUGUUGGCCCCAGAGAACUCUGGGAAUCAAGACCCAGGUAUAAGAACUCCCUCUUGGGCAAAGAUACAGAAGCAAGAAAAGCUCAGCUCAGUCUCCAUGAUCAUGUUGGCCACCUCUGGGAGGUGGCAAAGGCCAAAGAACUGAGGCUGGGAGAGAAGGGAAAAGGGUUCCUCGGAAGCAGGCUCCGACUCAACUGCCUUCUCCUACUCCAGACUCUGCAUUUGAUUUGAUUUCUGCAGGCACCUGUGCCCAGCCUGCUGAUGCCCCCAAACCAACCACUCCAAGAGCCGGGGUUUGGCCCUCCUGGCCUGGGAGGGGAAGGCUGUUUCACCCUAAAGCCCUGCUUCUUGGACUGAAGUGAUGCCCAGGAUUCAUCUGAAGACACUGGGGAAGCUUCUGUGGACUGAAUUCUUAUACCUGUUAGCAGUUACACUGUCAGCACCUGAGAGGAGGGGCUUCUGGAGCUUCCCCUCUCCCCAUCAGGAGUAGUUGUCAUUUUCCUAUUUAGUUUUGUCAUUGUGAUUAAUAAAGUACAUCUGUUCUGAG